GAGGAAUCAGGUUGAGACAGAGGAGGAGGAGGAGCCUGUCCUUGGUGUCAACGCACAAACCCUAAAUCCUCCAUCUUAGAGCACCCAAGAACAAAAGCUCCUUCCUUUUGUCGAAUCUGAUUAAAUACUAAAAACCUUAGGUGGCGCCAAGAUCAUCAUGUUCUUCCAUAGGCUUUCAAGAUUAGGUUGUCGUAUUGCCAAAGAGCUUUCAAGAGAGAGGCAUUUCUCAGUAUGUGGAAGGAGGAUUCUACAGAGGUCUUAUGGCCAUUAUCUUCAAUCUUCGGCUGCAACACAGACGCAAUCUAGGAAUUUUCAGCAAGCCUUUUUCUCAAAUAAUUAUAAUCUGUGUACAUCCUUCAGCACUUCCUCUGACAAGAGCGGUGAAGAAACAGAAAAAAUAAACGUUAUCUUUGUUGAUAAAGAUGGAGAGGAGAUUCAUAUUAAGGUCCCAGUUGGAAUGAACAUCCUUGAAGCUGCCCAUGAAAACGAUAUAGAACUCGAAGGGGCGUGUGAAUGUUCUCUAGCGUGUUCGACGUGCCAUGUUAUUGUUAUGGACACGGAAUACUACAACAAACUCGAAGAACCAACAGAUGAAGAGAACGAUAUGCUGGAUCUUGCUUUCGCGUUAACUGAAACGUCGAGAUUGGGAUGUCAAGUGAUAGCAAAGCCAGAGAUAGAUGGAAUACGCCUAGCCAUUCCUUCAGCCACCAGGAAUUUCGCAGUUGAUGGGUUUGUUCCAAAACCUCACUAAAGCCAAUUUGAAUGUCUCUCACAUCAGAUGAUUUUUUGGUUUGUUUUCAGUGAGUUGAGCUGUUGAGAGUUUACACUUUUGUUUAUUAUUCGAAAACACCAUAUUACAUGAAAACCCUGAGGAGUUCAUAGAUUUUGUAAUUCAUAAGGUGGGAUUUCACAAUUAUCAAGCAUUAUAACUACAAUAAGCUCUUUCAGAGUUGUCU